UGUGUUCGUAUUUCCUGCAGACGAAACUAGCAACAAUGGCUUCCGUUAACUCAGCUGUUUCUUUGAGUUUGCUUUUACUUUUGCUUAGUGUAAGCCAGGCUUUAGCUAGAGUAAGUGUGGGCAAUGGAGGAUUUUGGCAUGACGGUGAUGAGCCGAGGGUGAGUGCCGAUGUUUCGGGUCGACAAGAAGCCGACCGAGUUGUCGAGCUUCCGGGUCAGCCUCCGGUGGGUUUCAAGCAUUAUGCUGGGUAUGUUACAGUGAAUGAGAAACAUAGAACAGCACUGUUCUAUUGGUUUUUCGAAGCUACGACCAAACCCGAAAGUCAUCCUCUUCUACUAUGGCUCAAUGGAGGUCCUGGAUGUUCAUCAAUUGGUUAUGGAGAAGCAGAAGAACUGGGGCCUUUCUUCCCUAAGAAAGAUCAACAAACGCUGAAGCUCAACCCUCAUAGCUGGAACAAAGCUGCCAACUUACUGUUUGUUGAAUCUCCGGUUGGUGUUGGGUUUUCUUAUACUAACACCAGCAGAGAUAUCGAUGAACUUGGUGAUGAAAUUACAGCCAAGGAUUCCUAUGUGUUUCUCGUCAACUGGUUCAGAAGAUUCCCUCAGUUCAAGUCCCAUGAUUUCUACAUUUCUGGAGAAAGUUAUGCUGGGCACUAUGUUCCACAGCUAGCCGAGCUCAUUUUCGACAUCAACGAGCAUGUUCCCAAGUCAGAUUACAUUAAUCUCAAGGGAUUUAUGAUUGGGAAUGCGUUGCUGGACGAUGAAACGGAUCAAAAUGGUAUGAUAGAGUAUGCAUGGGAUCAUGCAGUGAUCUCCGAUCGAGUUUACCGCAAUAUCAAAACCAAAUGCGACUUCCGCAGGAAAAUGGCAUCUGUAGGUUGCAACAGAGCCCUCAAUGCUUAUUUUGAUGUAUACAAAAUCAUCGACAUGUACAGCUUGUACUCUCCUAGUUGUGUUAGCAACUCCAGCAGUAGUAGUAGCAGACAACGCCGUGUGAUUCAAGGCAUCGCUCCUCAGAUACUGUCCAAAUUUGAUGGAUGGCAUAGGAGAUCAGCAGGAUACGACCCUUGUGCACCAUUCUACACAGAGAGUUACUUCAACCGACCUGAUGUUCAAAAAGCACUUCAUGCCAAUGUUACCAAUAUGUCCUAUCCAUGGACUCAUUGCAGUGAUGCAAUCUCAAUUUGGAGGGAUUCACCAGCAUCUAUGCUUCCUACAAUUAGAAAGCUUAUAGCUGGAGGCAUUCACAUAUGGGUUUACAGUGGAGAUACUGAUGGGAGGAUUCCUGUUACUGCAACUAGAUUAACCCUCAAAAAGCUUGGAUUAAAGAUAAAUGAAGACUGGACACCAUGGUACACCAACAACAAACAGGUCGGUGGGUGGACGAUUGAGUAUGAUGGGCUAAUGUUUGUUACCAUUAGAGGAGCUGGUCAUGAAGUUCCAAGUUUUAAACCAAGGCAGGCACUUCAGCUAGUUAAACACUUCCUGACCAACAAGAAACUGUCAUCGAAACCAUUUUAGGCCGUUAUUGAAUGCAUUUCUGUUGGUUGUUUUCGAGCCAGAUGGAUUAGAAGAAACUUUUUUAAUCAGCUUUUUUGUAGUUAACAAACAAUAUUAGCUGCGGCAUCAGUCAAGAUCUACUUGGCAAAUGGCAUGAAACUUGUACA